AUGAAUAAUAAUGCACUUGCUCAUAUCAGAAAAUUGCAAACUGGAGAAAAUAGAUAUUGUUUUGAGUGUCAAACUGGUAGUCCAACUUGGGCUAGUUUGCCUUAUGGAAUUUAUCUCUGUUACAAUUGUUCAGGAUUUCAUAGAGGGAUGGGUGUGCAUCUCACAUUUGUUAGAUCAAUUGAAAUGGAUUCCUGGACUGAUAAAUAAUUAGCUAUGAUGCAAUUAGGUGGAAAUCAAGAAUUAAGGAUCUUCUUCUAAUCUCAUGGAAUUUAAAUUACAGAUUCAAACAAAUGGAAAACCAAUGCUGCACAUUAUUAUAGAGAAAAAAUGAGAGCUUUAGUUAACGAAACACCAAUUCCUGAAGAACCAAUUGAUUGGACAGCAAUACAAGAGAUCCCAAAACCAUAAAUAUAAUAAUAAUAAUAAACUCAAAUUUAACAAGAUAUCUCUCCUGAAUAAAAUGUACUACAUCGAUGCCUAUAAUAGUUUUGGGAAUAAGCAUCUAAAUCAACAAAAGAAGCUUUCGCAAUGAUUGAUGAGAAGAUAUCUAAAGUUCAAAUUAAAGAAGAGGCAGUUUAAUUGGGAUAACAAAUCUCAGCUAAAACUAAAUAAUUUGGAGAAAAAUCAUCAAAAGUUGCAGAUAAAGCAUAUUAGAGUUUAAAAAGUGGAUUCAAUGAGGCUUUUGGCUUUAUAAAAUCUAAAGCUGAUUAAGUAAUUGGAAAAGAAAAAUAAGAAUAAUAAUAAUAAUAAUAAUAAUAAUAAUAAUAAUAAUAAUAAUAAUAAUAAUAAUAAUAAUAAUAAUAAUAAUAAUAAUAAUAAUAAUAAUAGUAUUAACCAUAAUUACAAUGGCCAUAAUAAUAAUAGUAAUACUAAUAAUAAUAAUACUAAGAAUAAUAAUAAUAAUAAUAUUAAUAAUAGUAAUAAUAGAUAAUCAAUAAUAGUUUUAUUAGUUUUAGACAGAUGGUUAAAAUUAAAAAUAAACAACAGUGA